CUCAACUUAUGGUGGCAUUGAGUUUGUGAGAAGAUAGAAUCAGUAGACAUCAUGGUGGACGUUGGAAUCAAUAUUGCGAACAACCUGAAGGCUAGGAACUUCAUGGGUACUCUAAGCAUCAGAAAUGGGUUAUUCUACAUCGCCAUUCAACAGUUCCUGCUCGGGAUUUCACUGUACAGUGUAAUUCACUACCUACAUCCUAGUUUGACUCAACUAGCAUGGUUACUGUUUGGAACGAAUGCCAUAUCGGCGGUACUUGGGUUUAUGGGCGCAUUGAAGAGGAACAUUGUAAUGGAAUGCGUAUACCUCGUAUUUUACGCAAUUUCAUUGUUUCUCAUAUUCUUGACUGUCUUGGACAUGGCUGAGUUAGUACAUCUGUUGCCAAGGGGGCCGCAGCUAAAGGAUGUAUCCGAUUUUGCUUCCAUCCGUUCAGCAGCGUUACCAAGUACAGCUUUGAUGAGAUCUAAUGCGUUCCUUAGGCAGCGUGAAUUGCCAUAUGCAUUUGAUCAAAAUGACAGCCUGGAACUAGGAGACAGCUUUCCUGCAUUGGUCAGUGAUGACAACAAAACAUUGGAGGAUUCCAUCAGCACAGCAUCAACAGAUGCGGAGGACAAUAUUCCAAGCAAGAACCUAAGGAUGCCUCAAACUGAAGAAAUGCCAAUAAACCAGCAUGUUGGAAAUGAUUUGAACAUGCCAGGGAAUGGUGCAAUGCCCAUAUCUGGAAAUAUCGAUGCUGUUACUGGGAAUCUGGAACCCGCCUCCAAAGCAAUUCAACAGACAACCCCAAACGUAAACGAAUCUAUGAAGAUUCCCAAUGAAAUGCCGAUGCCAUAUGGUAAUUCUAAGGAAGCCAAAAGUGCAGAAUUACCCAUAGCCAUCCCUGAGCAAACAGUAGCCAAGAACACUUAUGAUGCCAAAACUGAAACUUUCUACGACCGCCUCCCGCUGGUACCACAUAUCGGAGAAACUGAAGGCGAGGCUGAGGAAGUGUCGAAAGAUGAAUUGCCUCCAGAGACCCACGAUCUCACUCCAGAAGGAGUCUCAGAGGUAGUGGCCAUCUACAAGAUACAGAAGAGGCCGCUUAAGAUGGCGGCAGCAGGGCUGCUAACAAUCGCGCUAUUGUUUAACAUUUACUGCUACUGGGUAGCAGUGACCUUUGUGCUGAACAAGUGCACAUGUCUGGAUGAAUUAGUGUCACACCCUGAGCAGUUCACUCCACUCAUCGACUGAAAAUUCUAUAUCGCAAAUAACUUGACAUUCGUAAUGUCGGAUGACUU